AAGAAGGCAGGGAUUGGAGGCUCAGGCGGUGACGUAACUUUCCGCUUUAGGUGGCCUUCCGCUACGGCGGCUGUCAGAAGGGGGGUCGGGGACAUUUAGCGGGGCUCCCCGGUCCCUCGGCUCUUGGAAGUGCGAUGAGGUCAGUUAGCUAUGUGCAACGCGUAGCCCUGGAGUUUAGCGGGAGCCUCUUCCCGCACGCGAUCUGCCUAGGAGACGUCGAUAACGAUACAUUAAAUGAACUGGUGGUGGGAGACACCAGCGGGAAGCUGUCCAUGUAUAAGAACGAUGACAGUCGGCCAUGGCUCACCUGUUCCUGCCAGGGAAUGCUGACUUGUGUUGGGGUUGGAGAUGUAUGUAAUAAAGGAAAGAACCUGGUGGUGGCGGUGAGUGCUGAAGGCUGGUUUCACUUGUUUGACCUGACACCUGCCAAGGCCCUGGAUGCUUCUGGGCACCACGAGACACUAAUGGGAGAGGAGCAGCGUCCCGUCUUCAAGCAGCACAUCCCUGCCAACACCAAGGUCAUGCUGAUCAACGACAUCGAUGGAGAUGGGUGUUGUGAGCUGGUAAUAGGUUACACAGACCGUGUCGUGCGGGCUUUCCGUUGGGAAGAUCUGGGUGAGGGCACUGAACAUCUGACGGGGCAGCUGGUAUCCCUCAAGAAGUGGAUGCUGGAGGGUCAGGUGGACAGUCUCUCAGUGACUCCAGGGCCCUCGGGUAUUCCCGAACUGAUGGUAUCUCAGCCAGGCUGUGCUUAUGCAAUUCUUCUGUGCACCUGGAACAAGGACCCUGGGUCCCCCCCUGCCUCUGAGGGAGCCACGGAGGGCAGCAGGGAGCCCCCUGCUGGCCGAGAUGUGGUGCUGCACCAGACGUCUGGCCGCAUCCACAACAAGAAUGUCUCCACUCACCUCAUUGGCAGCAUCAAACAAGGACAUAGCCCUGAGAGUGGUGCCUCUGGCCUCUUUGCCCUCUGCACCCUGGAUGGGACGCUGAAGCUUAUGGAGGAAGCAGACAAGCUGUUGUGGUCGGUGCAGGUGGAUCAUCAGCUUUUUGCCCUAGAGAAGUUAGAUGUCACGGGCAAUGGACAUGAGGAGGUAGUUGCAUGUGCCUGGGAUGGACAGACGUAUAUUAUUGAUCACAAUCGUACUGUGGUCCGCUUCCAAGUGGAUGAAAAUAUCCGAGCCUUCUGUGCAGGCCUGUAUGCCUGCAAAGAGGGUCGCAACAGCCCCUGCCUUGUAUACGUCACAUUCAACCAGAAGAUCUAUGUGUACUGGGAGGUGCAGCUGGAGCGGAUGGAGUCCACCAAUCUGCUGAAACUGCUGGAGACUGAGCCAGAGUACCGGCGCCUGCUGCAGGAGCUGGGUGUGGAUCCUGAUGACCUUCCUGCCGCCCGUGCCCUGCUUCACCAAACUCUCUACCAUCCUGACCAGCCACAGCAGUGUGCUCCCUCCAGCCUCCAGGAUCCCACCUAGCUGGGCUUGCCUGAUCCUUAGCUGACAAAGGAUCCUUCUGAGCCUCCUACCCCUCAGGGUAUCCGUGGUACUGGCAGGAUAGGGAAUAUAUGUUAUAGAGGAGCAGGAUUUGACUCUGGGCGUGGAAGGAUGGUGGCAACCCUAGGGUGACUGUGGCUAUAGACCUCACGGUCUUUUUGGUGAAAGGAGACAAGUUUGCCCUCUGCGCAGUUCCAUGUGCAUUGCACCCUUCAUACAGCAGGGUCAUAGGACCCCACCUUGUUCCAAAUUGGGACCACCCUCCACCCCCAGAUCCCCAUUCUCAUUGUGUAAAGAACAGAGACUCGUUUGUGAAGAGGGAAACCAAAUCUUUUGCAUGGUUCCAACAGGAAACCAGGAAGGUUUCAGGCUUCAGGGAAGCCAGGCUUCAUGGCCAGACGAACAGUUGAAGGGAGAGCUAUACCCCAUCCAAGCUCCGUCUUUCAUAGCACAACUCCAAGUCAUCGGCAUUCGUAAUGAUCACAAGAAUGGCAGACUAGUCUUUAGCCACUUUUGUUUUGGUUUUGAGGGAUUGUUCAGGAUAUUUUACAGUCUGAAUCUUAACUUCUGUUCCUAGCAGACUCGAGAUGGUUUUCCUCAGUUUAUCAAAAGAAAUUGGGUCAGUGCUUUGUUUUGCCACAUUCAUCAAACACCGUGGAGCUUCAUAGGCCUUGCUCCCAUUUCUCCCCCCAGCCACUUUCCCAAAAAAGCAUCUUACUGUCCAUAAUACCAAAUCAAACCAAACCCAUUGCCGUCAAGUCGAUUUUAACACGUAGCAACCCUAUAGGACAGAGUAGAACUGCCCCAAAGGGUUUUCAAGGCUGUAAAUCUUCACAGAAGCAGACUGCCACAUCUUUCUCCCGCAGAGCAGCUGAUGAGUUCCAACUGCUGACGUUUCGGUUAGCAUCCAAGCACUUAACCACUGUGCCCCCAGGGCUCCUGUCUAUAAUACAGUAGUCAUUUAAAAAUCUGAUGCAGGUUUAUGAUCCAGACCACAAUCAGAAUUCUGUCUUGAAUCAUUUAUCUCCCUUCUGUUCUUGAUUCUCUGUACUCUAAAUCAGUGUUUUUCAAAUUGUAGGUUGCAAUCCUUUGGUGGGUCGUGGCCAGCAUUUUUUAAGUAAAUGAAAUAGAAUAGAAUAAAAUAGAAUAGGAAAUCCCAGAGUGCCUUGCUCACAUUAUGGGUAAGUAUUGUUUUGUUGUAAUUGUGUGUGUGUGUGCGUACAUGUGUAAUGAGUGCAAUGUAAAGUAUAUUUCCUACCGUGAGUUAUGGUCAAAAGAGUUUGAAAGUCAUUGGUCUAAGUUAUACUGACCCUAGUCAGAUGGGACAACCAGGGGAAGGGUUCACAUUCAUAUUUCCUGUCUAUAAGGGGAUAGGGGAGAGUUAUCAGUCAACUCCUGGUAAGCAGGGUAUAAGACCAGAGAAGGACAUCCGCAUAGAGAAACAAGGAUUUAUUCAAGUGGAGAAGCAGCAGAGCUGAGGGUCUGCCAUUGGACCUGGGUUCUGUGGUUACAGAAGUAGCAGGAGGCACACAGGGAAAGGAAGAAGGCGAGACCCAGGAAAGCAGAGGUCAUGGAGCAAGGCAGUGAGGGAGAGGGAAUCCUUUAAGAUUGUGAGACCAGGGUAGUAGUAUACCUGUGGUACAUAAGCUCCUAUCCUUUCCUUUCCUUUUGAGGGCAGGGGAGUUAGCCAAGAAAGGUAAGGAAGGGAAGAAAGGGAAGGUGUCACAGCAGCCUCUUGGGCCUCCUCUAAUCUACCCCAAGUUCAAGAUAUUGUUUCUAGCCCCAGUGUCCCAGUUCCUGGCCCAGGGUCAAGGUUAGCUACACUGCUAUCUUCCUCUAUCCCUAAUCCAUGACUUGAGUGAUUCAAACCAACUAGGAAUACAUUCAGUGGUCUGGCUUCUUGAGGUUUGGACAGCUCUCUUCACAGUGAAGUCAGAAGAGCCUGCUUGCCUUUUUACUUUGGCUCAGAGCUUGGCAGAGGGAUAGGAAGCCACUGAUUCCAGGAUAGGACAAGCUUAAGUUCAGGGGACCAGGAGUGAGGGGUAAGAAGACCUAAUGAGGUGAAUACCCCUAGAAAUAAGGAAGAAUACUGGCAAGGUUACAUCCAAAUACUAAAAACCCCACCAACCUGUCUACCUUCGAGAGGCAGUUCUCUAAAGGGCUCUUCCACACAGACCCCACCCCCCCCAGUGAGUACAAAAGGUAAGAGGAGAAGGGUUAAUAUCUGGAGUAAAUAUUAUAACUAAGGUUUUGCACAGUGUAAUAAAACAAUUGCUGGCUUUAGAGACAUUUGCAACCCCAGAAAAGGUAGCUAAUAAAAGAGUGCCCAGGCUUGUGAGCUAAACACUCUUUUACCAACACCUUCUGUAUUGCAUUGGAAUGUCUAUUUACCACUUCUUCCCCCAUUCACCUGUGAGCAAAUGCGUGCAGAAUUGGAAAGGUAGGAUCAAAAGAAGGAUCAAAAAUCCAGGAUGGGGAAUUGUGGCAGUCCAGUUGUGGGAGAUAAUGAAGGUGAGGUAAGAGAUGUGGAAGUGAGGGCAAUCAAGUGGUGUUUGGAGUAGGGUUGGGGGACAGGCAGAGGACGGCAGUUGGCUGCAGCCUCUGACUCAGACCAGUUCCUAUCAUGCCAAGGGCCAAGCCUAGGGCCCCAUUUUGCCUGUAUCCCUUUCUGCAGUCCUGAUUCGGCUUUGCUCUUCCUGAGGAAGGACAGGGCAACCAGGACCCUGGGAUCCUGAGCUAUCUCUGGUGAAAACUCAUCCUGCGGGGAGAGGGCAGUUGCUGCAGAAGCAGAGAGGGGUGUGGCGCAAUGGGGGAACUAGGGCAGUGGGGGUCAGUGGUAAUAAAAGGGACAGACACAGUAGUUAGUCCCCAGCUGCCUGGCUCUAGUAAUGCCUCAUUCCCCACACAACUCUUCCCCUAAGGCAAGGGAUUUCCCACUGGGGACUGACUGGGACAGCGGUCACUGGCCAGGGUCUUGGUAUAAAGGCAGGAAGGGCAGCUCUGGGAACGGGGCUCUCAGCCUCAGCACUCCAUGCUCCAGGUCAAUGCAGCUCUGUGGGAGGAGGAGAGUGUGAGAGAAGGCUUCAGCAGGCCACCUCUCUCCCAGCCCCCUUAUUUUGUUCCCUCUCCCAGUUCCCAUAGCUUCUGCCUGCUCUUUGCUUUCCCUCCGCCGCUUCCUGUUCACCUGGACCCCUGUCAAGGGAGGAACCCAGGUCUCUAUUUUCACUUGUAGGCAAAUAAGUAACCUUUUUUUUUAAGGAAGCAGCCCUGGCAGUGCAGUGGUUAAAGCAUUUGGCUACUAACUGAAAGGUCAGCAGUUCUAAACCACUAGCUGUUCUGGAGGAGAAAGAUGUGGCAGUCUGCUUCUGUAAAGGUUACAGCCUCAGAAAUCCUAUGGGGCAGUUCUGCUCUGUCCUACAGGGUCACUAGGAGUCAGAAUUGACUCGACAGCACAUAACAGCAAGGAAGCAAGUUGGAGACUAGGACUCCUGCCUCCCAGCUUUAGUCUUUCUUAUCAGAACCUGCCCCAUGCUUCCACACCUGUGCCUUCUACCUCUUUUCCCAGCACUUUGAGUCAGGCCCCAAGCGUGGGUGCAAGUACUAACACCCUGCUUACCUUGAGAGAAAGCAGAGUCUGCAGUCCAAGGCAGAAUUCAGGACUCUCAACAUCUGCGGGAACCAUUUGAAAACAGAAGAGACUGGAGGGUGUCCAGUGGCCCCUGCUGCCCUCCUGUCUGCACUCACCCCUCCUCUGCCCACCCCAUCACCCAGGUCUGAGAAUAUUGGCAUGAGAUUGGGGAUGAUCAGAGACUCUACAGGAACACCUUGUCUGGUGUUGGGAGGGGCUGAAAGGCCUAGUCUCUGCCUUUGCGCCUGCUCAGAAAAGAUAGAACAGGUGGGAAGCUGGAGUGCCGAUGAAGGGACGACUUACCCACCACCCGGGCUGAGCAUGCCACAGUCUCCUGCCCUAGCUGUAGCUCCAGCUGCUCCACCUGGGUUGGGGGCCCAGGUGCCAGGCCCCCAUCUGGGGCUUUAAGGACCUGCUUCUCUAACCUGUGGUUAGGAAAUAAGGAUUAUGGCCACCACAAGCCCGCCUGCCGCCCCCAUUAAUCAACAGAUGUCCCUCUGCACCAUGCUGUAGGUUCUCAUCCACUCCCUGGCCCCCAUGUCUUCUCGGCCAGAACUUCCUGUCUCCUUUUUUUUUUUUCUAAAUAACAGCAUUAUUGCUGAGGUGUAAUUCAUAUACCAUAAAAUUCACUCUUUUAAAAUGUACAGUUCAGUGUUUUUUUUUUAAAUAUAUUCACAGAGCUGUGCAACUAUCCCCAAUAUCUUAUUUCAAAACAUUGUCAUCACCCAAAAAAGAAACCCUGUACCCUCCCUACUCCCCACUCUUUUGGGCGACACUCUUACCCCAGGCGGCUGAGGCAUCCAGUGGAGAUCUGAUUGUACUGUGUGCCUGUGUCCACAGCCACUGUCAGCAGCUGGUCCCGGCACUGAGAAAGGGAGGGGUUGUAGAGGACUUGGUGAGUCCCAGGAAAAUGGACAGGGUUGGCGCCUUCAGUUUCCCCAGCCCUUUUAUGAUUCCAGAAGACUUACUAACUGAAAAUGAAUUAGGCACCAGGGAGAAGGUUAAUUGUGGCCGUUCACUUUUGAUUGAUAGACCUCAAAAGUCCUGCUCAAAGCUCAUGUUAUUGAAAUAGAGAUCCCAAUUGUCAUGGAUCAGGGAGCAUAUUGCUCACUGCUGAGCAGCCUUUUACCCAGAUUUUCUGAUAGAAUGAGCGUACUGUUUCUACUACAAAAUCAAAUAGGAUAUCUGGCAUGAAGCAAAGAAAGUCCAAACAACUAUGCAUUGCCAAUGAAGUAGACUCAACAAGGUGGACUGACACAUCGGCUGCAACAAUGGGCUCAAGCAUAGCAACGAUUGUGAGGAUGGCGCAGGACCUGGCAGUGUUUCAUUCUGUUGUACAUAGGGUUGCUAUGAAUCAGAAUUCACGGCACCUAACAACAACAGCAGCAGAAGUAAAAGAGAGUGUUUUACUCAGUGACAUUGUCUUUUAUAACUUUUGGCAAGUUUGGGAAAAGAAGUACUGCAAACAUGCAAAAACAUGCAAGGAAAUGAUCCUUGAGAGGUGUUGCAGGGAAAAUACUGAAAGUCAUUGUUGCAUUAAGAAAAAAAUUUAAGGAUUUUUUUCCCAAAAUUCAAAUAAAAAACAAUUUUUUUUAAUCCAAUGAGGCUCAAUUCAAUUAUAAGAAGACUAACAACCCAAUUAAAAAAUGGACAUACAUACAUAAAAAAGAAAUGAGUUGGGGGGAAUGGCCUGAGUCUUUACAAGUAAUGUGUACAGAACUCAUGCAGUUGAGGCAAAAUUGACUUUCAGAUAGAAGAAUCAAAAAAGGAAGUAGAGCAACACAUAAAUUUGUCCAUAAAUUUGGGAAAGUUGGCUAAACAUGGAGAUCCGUUUGUUUACAGGAAUUCUUGGGAGGCUGAGGGGUAGCAGACACCAGGUUGGGAAUGGAGGAGGGACAAGAAGACUGGGAUCCUUGUUAGGAAAUUCAGAUGUGAGUAACCAAGAAGUUCUUCAUUAGAAAGAAAGGAAGACAAGUCCACUUUCUUCUGGACAUGUGUACAGACAUUUUGGUAUGUCCUUAGGAUAUAGACAGGCAUAUGUAGUCUCACUAUUCUACAUGGCAUGCAUUUAUUUAUCAUCUACUGUGCACAAGAUAAGUUAUUGGAAGAUGUGUCAAUGAAUUCUGUCCUUUAAACUACUAUAUAGUAAAAGGAGGAGCCCUGAUGGUGCAUCGGUUAAGUGCUCAGCUGCUAACUGAAAGGUUGACGGUUCAAACCCACCAGUGGCUUGCAUGGGAGAAAAGACCUGGCAAUCUGCUCCGGUAAAGAUAACAGCCUAGGAAUCCCUAUGGGCAGUUCUACUCUGUCCAGUAGGGUUGCUAUGAGUCGGAAUUGACUCAACAGCACCUAACAACAAUAAUAUGAUAGAAAGUUUUAAGGUCUGUGAGAGGGUUGUCAGUAAAGUGCUAUAGAGACUGAGAGGGAGGAAAGGCUAUUUCUUACUGGGGAAAUCAGAAAAGGUUUCAAGGAGCAGGUUACAUCUAAGCUGGGCCUUCAGAGAUUGUAGGAUGUGGGCAUACGAUGACUGGAGAACAGGAAGAGUGCUCUCCAGGCAGAGGAAGCACUGAGCAAAGAGUGGCAGAGGAGCAGUGACCACUUACUGGGAACAGCUCAAUGGUGGUGAGUGGUUGGAUGGCUUCAGAAAUGAGGCCAUCACCUUGGAACACAUGAGCCCUUUCCAGGAGAAUUACAUUAGCACACAUGCAUACACCAUCCAUAUAUGUAGAGCAGACUAAAGUCUUUUCAUGUUCAUGUUUAAAUAUUGUACUUUGAUAGAAGAAAGGGGAUAGAGUAAUGGUGACAGAUGAAGAUGGAUUGAGGCAGAGAGUAAAGAAGAUAAAAACCAUCCAGUUGAUUCCAACUCAUGGCGAUCCCAUGUUGUCAUGGAUCAAAUUAUGUCCCCCCAAAAAUAUAUGUAUCAACUUGGUUAGGCCAUGUGCAGUUGUCCUCCAUUUUGUGAUUAUAAUUUUAUGUUGAGAGGAUUAGGGUGGGAUUGUAACAUCUCCCUGAUCCAAGGUAAAGGGAGUUUCCCGGGGAUGUGGCCUACACCACCUUUUAUCUCUCAAGAAAGGAAAGCAAGCAAAGAAUUGGGGACCUCAUACCACCAAGAAAGAAGCACCAGGAGCAGAGCAUGUCCUUUAGACCCGGGGUCCCCACAUGAAGAAGCUCCUCAUCCAGGGGAACAUUGAUAAGAAGGCCGACAGAGAGAGAGCCUUCCCCUGCAGCUGAUGCCCUGAAUUUGGACUUAUAACCUACUAGACUAUGAGAAAAUAAAUUUCUCUUUGUGGUAUUUCUGUUAUGGCAGCGCUAGAUAACUAAGACACGUGUUUCAGAGUAGAACUGCACUCCAUAGGGUUUUCAACUGCUUAUCUUUUGUAAGUAGAUUGCCAGGCCGUUCUUCUGAGGUGCCUCUGGAUGAAUUCGAACUGCCAAGCUAUUGGUUAGUAGCUGAGCACUUAACCAUUUGUGCUACCAGGGACUCCUAAAGCAGUUGUCUUUGAGUUGAUUCUGACUCGUGGGGACCCCCAUGUGUGUUGAAGUAGAACUGCACUCCAUUGAGUUUUUAAUGGCUGAUCUUUUAGAAGCAGAUUGCCAGGCCGUUCUUCUCAGGCAACUCUGGGUAGACUCAAACCUCCAACCUUUCUGUUAGCAACCAAGCGUGUUAACCGUUUGCACCACCCAGGGCUCCAAAGAAGACAGAAGACCCCGUUUUUAGGUCCAGACUCGGGGAGAGGUUCUUUCUUCCUCCCUCACCAUCAGGGUGGAAGGGAGAAAGGAGUGUGGGUGAAGUGAGCCAUCACAGGCAGGGUUGGUAAUAAAAGUCGAAGCCCAAGGAGGCCUCUCACCUUGCAAUUGACAAGAAGAACUGGAAU